CCAGGAUUUCACAUUCCCAAACAUUGGCCAGAUGGAGGACAGGGCUGCAAAGAAGAGGAAGAUGUCCCAGGACACCCAGGCAGACAAUGAGCUGAGGAUGGAGACCAAGGAGGACAAACACCCCCAGCAGAACCUCGUGGAAGAGGCCAUUUUGACAGUCUGUACAGUGCCGGAAUCUACUGAGAAGGAAAAGCCCCAGAUAUCCCACAAAAAGAGGGGUUCCAAACCCAGCCCAGGAUGCUCUGAGGGGGAAAGAAGCACCCUGUGGCAGGAAGGCACUCAGAACUUCAGCCGGGGCUUGGAGCUGGUGGUCCAUGAGCAGCUUCACCCUGGGGAGAAGCCCUACGAGUGUGGAGAAUGUGAAAAGAGCUUCAGAGACAACUUUGCGCUGAAGCGCCACCAGCGCAUCCACACCGGAGAGAGGCCCUAUGAGUGUGGGGAAUGUGGAAAGAGGUUCAGACAGACCUCCCACCUCAUUGUCCACCAGAGGAUCCACACUGGGGAACAGCCCUACGAGUGUGGGGAAUGUGGGAAGGCCUUCAGAGACAGGUCCAACCUGGUCAUUCACCAGCGGAUCCACACUGGGGAGAGGCCCUACGAGUGUGGGGAGUGUGGGAAGAGGUUUCUGACCAGCUCCAAUCUCCUCCUGCAUCAGCGCAUUCACACGGAUGAGAAGCCCUUCCGCUGUUCCGACUGUGGGAAGGGCUUCAAGCAAAACUCCCACCUCAUCACCCACCAGCGCAUCCACACUGGGGAGAGGCCCUAYGAGUGUUCCCAGUGUGGGAAGAGCUUCUCCAGCAGCUCUGGCUUGACUGAACACAAACGGAGGCACCGGUAAGGGAAGCCCUGUG